CGGGAUUCCAGGAAGGGACGACUAAAAGCAUGUGGGGCUUCAAUUCAUCCAGCCUCUGAUAGGCCGAGAAGAGGGACACGUAGCAAGACCGGCUUCAAACGUGGCCAUCCUCUUCUUUUAGACAGAGGAGCUCGGGGUGGCGCGAAAGCCUCGUUUUCCCCUGACCACCAAUGCUGCUAAAAAGUAGGUGGCUGUUCCUAACCGCCCACACGUUAUAAUCCAAACUCGAUUGGUUUUGGGUCCCUUUGUUUGGAAUUAAUCUCAGGUGAGGGAGGGAAAAAAUGUCUGAAUCGGAAGGGCUGCAGAGACAUGUGGAGAGCAUUUCUGCUCUUCAUCACGGUCGGGAUGUGUCACUUGGGCACUGGUCGGCACCGGUAACUCCAACCUUUGCAAGCGGCUUCAGCUUUGAAGAUGAUCAAGAUCACCACCAUGCGAAGAAGUCGAUUUUGGGAAAGGUGAAGGAGAAGGCUAAGAAGUGGAGACACAUGCUUGCUAAAAAGAAACAUGGGCAUGAUGACGACAAUCUGACCCCUCCAUGGGGAGUUAGCUUGGAUGAAGAGGAUGACGAACAAGAUCCUGAAUACCACGGCGCUCCAAUGUAUGAAUCGGAGACAGCUCCUGAAACCUAUAGAGAGGGAACUUCCCGACCUCGGCCAGCGGUUCAAAGCCCCAGCGCAGUGGAGAAAUCAGCAGUUUUUCAGCUCCACAAUGCAAACAAAGAAUCAGAAAUGAAACGAGAUUCAGUUGCUAAUAGAUCUUUAUUGCACAACAUGCCCGCACACCGAAACCCUGUCGGAGAGAACGGUACCAAGAGGACGCUGACGGAAACCGUCACGGAGAUGCUUGCACCGGCAUACACCAUGGUCUCGGAGGCAACCCAGAUGAUGGCUUCGAAGAUCCAAAGUCCAGGAACCGGAUAUGAGUUGGGAGCGAAGCAGGUGUGGGAUAAGGGGAUUUCGGUGAAGGAGUAUCUUUUGCACAAGCUAGAGCCUGGGGAAGAAGAUAGAGCACUCUGUCAGGUGAUCACAGAGGCUGUGAGCCCGAGGAAGGCUGGUGAAGUGGGCAUAGCGGAGAAGGUGAAGGAAGCGGCCUCUUCUUUGCGGGGAGGGGAAGAGCUACAUGGGACACAAAUCCCAGUUUCCGCACGUCAGGGACCAAUCCCGGUUUCUACGAAUCCUCAUGCACACGAGGCACCUCCCCCAAUUUCUGCAAAUCUUCACGCACACGUGUCACCCAUCCCAGUUCCUAUAAAUCUUCAUGCAUCGGAGUCAUCCAACCCAGUUUUCACGAAUCUUCAAGCGCAUGUGUCAUCCAUCCCGGGCUCCACGAAUCCUCGUACAGAAGAUGUUGAAAUUCGCGGAAGGAGACUGCAAGCAUACACCACCUGAGAGGCUCCGGCAUGUACAUACGCACACUUUAUCAACAGGACCGGCGGAAAUCACCGUUCAGGUCAUCAAGAAGUGGACGUUGGGUAGCAGUAAUUUCCUGGUUUUGAACAUUUUGUAGGUGAUCUUCUGAUAUCCCUGAAGAGAUGUACCCUAAAUAAUGAGAUUCAUUACCUUCUUUAAUUAAACAUAAGGUGGUUGCAAGCAUCAGUUCGGAUGUUCCACCUUUUGUAUAUUAACCAUUUCUUGAAUAAUAGCUUGCCUUUUUUUUACUUUAAA